AUGGAUCAACUGAUAUUCAUAACACUCUCACGUUGUGUUCCAGUCCCGCUGGAGCGGGUGGACGUGUCGGUGACGGUCCACGGAUUCCUGGCCAACGUCGACGCCUCCCUCACGUACCACAACGCCGGAUCUACAGCUGUGGAUGUGGUCUUUGUGUAUCAUGUUGACGACAACGGCGCCGUCUACAAAUGUGAGGCCGAAAUGGACGGGAGGAAGAUUAAGGCAGAAAUCCAGGAAAAAGUACAGGCAGAGUUAACCUACGAGGAGGCCACGGCUAGAGGUAUGACUAGUGUUCUGAUGGAGGAAGAUUGUUCUUCAAGAGACAUCUUCAGAUGCAAGCUGGGUAAUCUCCCCUCAAACUCGGACGCCAAACUCCAGUUUUCCUUCGUCACUGAACUGGUCCAGAAGACUGAUGGGUCUCUCAAGUUUGUUCUGCCAACGGUUCUCAACCCAAGAUAUUAUUCUGAAGGUGACGACAAAGAAACUAGGUUUGACCUCUUCGCAAGAAACAGUUGUCAGUAUAUGCUAGACUUCGAGGCAACAGUUGUUUCAAAACAUGGAAUUUCUGAAGUGUGGUCAAAUACUGACAAACUUGUCACCACUGUGAUGCCUGAAGACUGCAAUACGAUGACGAUUGGUCUUGCCGAAGAGUUUACACCUGAUCACAGUCUGUCAUUCAGCGUAUUGUACAGGGAUACCCACAGACCACAAGCCACGCUGGAGAAGGGUAGAACAGAUUGCCCAGGGUCCCUCCUAGAGAUGGACAUCCUCAUGCUGUCGUUCUACCCAGAUCUCAGCAUCACUACCGAACUCGUGAAGUCAGAGUUCAUCUUUAUCAUCGACCGGUCAGCAAGUAUGCAUGGGGAACCUAUGCUGAACGCCCAAGAGACCCUGCUGUUCUUCCUGAAGAGUCUCCCUGUGGGCAGCUACUUCAACGUCAUCAGCUUUGGGAGUUCCUGUGAGGCUCUGUUCCCCCAGAGUGUACGAUAUGGGCCGUCAUCUCUACAGAAGGCGAUGGAACUUCAAGCGACUCUGACGGCUAACAUGGUCGGGACGGAGCUGCUGAAACCCCUCAGUCUGGUGUACGGCGGGAAACCUCAACCAGGCUAUACACGACAGAUGUUUCUGUUGACUGAUGGCGAUGUCUUCAACAUCGCUGACAUUGUUUCACUCGUAAGGAGGAAUGCCCCAGAGAACAGGGUGUUCACGGUAGGUAUUGGGGACGCGGUGUCCCUGCCGCUGGUGAGGAACAUAGCCAGGGCCGGGCGUGGCCAGGUGGAGCUGGUUACCGGGAGUGACAAUCUGCAAGAAAAGGUGAUGAAACUACUGAAACAAGCAAUGCAGCCCGCAGUGACUGACCUGGUCAUCGACUUCCAGCUUCCGGCUGGCCUUGCAGUGGCUCAUAGAAUACCCCAAGACAUGCCCGAUAUAUUCAGCGGCCAGAGGUGUACCUUCUAUGGCUUCUUAACAGGCGAGAUGUCGUCUGACACGUCAACUGUUGGGAAAGCCACGAUGUCGGGUAACAUUGGCGGGAAAACGUUCACCCACACAAUGACGUUUGACGUCAUCGGCGACGCUGUGAUGACGCCAGGACACUUUGUCCACAGGCGGGCUAUGAAAACCAUUGUUGACGAUCUGGAAGAUCAAGAGACAGACUGUGGCGCCAACAGGAAAAGGGAGAUAAUCGUCGCGAGUGUUGCGGGUAACAUCAUUUCAAAAUACACGUCGUUCGUUGGCAUUGAUCCAGAGAUGAGUGAAAGAAUAUAUGAGCCGAUCAGAAAGGUUAUACAGUUUGUUGCCAUGGAUACUGCAAAGAAUGAGAAAUUACAUCCAGCGGUCAAGACAGAAAGACUAUUACCAAGAUGGCAAAUGUUCAACCCAGAAAUCAAAUGCCAGACAAGAAGCACUUUAUCCCGGGAACUUGAUGUGAGGUUCUCCCAACACAAAGAUCCGGUUUGUGUCCGCGACAGAGAUAACAUGGAUGUUUAUGGAGGUCACCAAACUAGAGAUUCCAGCAGCCCGACAAGACCCAUAUCCAAAAACUGUCUUCCACGAUGUUCUUGCUUUUCUUGGAUGUUCCCAUCACCGAGAACAAAGAGUAUGGAUGAAGGCUUGGAGAACAGAAGUACAUGUGGAGUAGAAGAUGUGACAUUCAGCGUCGGUGACCAUGACGACGUGACGGCCACACCUAUUUCUACAGUUGCAGCUAAGGCAAGCACUAUGGUGGCGUUGCAGGAGUACGACGGUUCCUGGUCGUUGACACCAGAGUUUGCUGCCGUUGUGGAUACCACCGAGGACACACUACCUGUAAAAACGCUUUCAGUGGAAGAAAAGGUAUGGGCUACCAGUCUGGCUAUUUGUUGGUUGACCUUGAAAUGCCCAGAGGAACGGCCUGUGUGGGAGAUGGUGGUCAACAAAGCCAGAGACUGGCUGAGCAAGCAGCUUGGGGGACCGGAGGAGGUCGACAAUCUUCUCAAGGAGGCUGAGGGCAUUGUGUUUACAGACUCUGCCAAAUGCAUGUAAGCUGAGAAUAAAUGGACACAAAUGUAUCGGACUGGGUGAUCAAACUGCAGUUUUAAAACCUCUUUCAACAAUGUUUCAACUUGGUCACAAUUUCUUGUAAAUCAAUCAACCAAGGCCAGACAAACCAGCGGUUAAUGUGUUGGGAGAUACGGGGUAUAUACGAUGGUACACAUUGAACCAUGUCACCAAACUUCAACACCUUAUAUAACUAAGUUUAUAUAGGUACUCCUGCAACAGAAUGCGUGGACAAGGAGAUGGGCAAGGCAAGUUCUUCAAGCUCACCAAGGACAGAGUUUGUGGAUGGUGAUGACAAGGAGGAUUAUAAGCUUGAGAAACAAUGUAACCAUCAUCUUUUCAAUUCUACAAGGAAACUGCUUGUGAUACUGGAAAUAUUAACAUUAGCAUGCUUCAAAGAAUGAUUUAGUGAUCUUUACACCACUGUAUCAACAUUCCAACAAUGUCACACCUGGAGGAACAGGAUGAGGAACUGAACCAGGGACUUCAGAAUGAUGAGAAAGGAACUUAAAUAGGUCCUGAAAUGUAGCAUUAUUGGCAUCCAGAGCAUUUCCUCAAUGUAUGAUGACACACAUCUGGAGCUGAUAGGUUACAAGUCAGUCAAUGAAAGAGCCAAGGCGAGUCCAAAUACAUCUGUGAAAACCUGGACUCACUGAUGCACAGUUUGGUUAGGACUUGGAACAGUGGACUCCAUAUUGAUUCCACUUCUCGGUUUUGCAUUUCUGGUGCAGAUAGGUUCUAGCUGUUUUUACCAACAGUAUUCCCUAAAUCAUGGCAUAACUAAAAGACACCACUAUUGGUUGGCAGAAUUUGGUUUGAGCUGGAGUAGGCUGGCGUGGAGUAGGGAGCUAUGUCAAUUGACCUUGGAUAUCAUUAUGUGUCAAA